ACUCUCGCGGAGCCCACUGAUCGUAUAUUAUCGUUGCCAUCAUCAGCACCGGCGUCACCAUGGGUAAAUUAGAAGCAUUCGGCAUCCUUUUCACCGGGGAUCGGUCAGUUUAUAAUUCGGGGGAGUACAUCACCGGGGAGGUAAUUGUGGAGCUCAACGACAGUAUGAAAAUGACAGGAAUCCACCUCGUAAUCCAUGGUGUGGCAAUCGUUAACUGGGUCGAAGGUUACGACCGUGAGUCCCACGACCGCCGAAAAACACAGAGCUACCACCACAGAUCGAUGGAGACAUACAUAGAAGAAAAAAUAACGCUGUUCGGAAAAGGAGAAAAUGACCAUAGAGACAACGACAAUCCCGUUCUACCUGCCGGUAUCCACUCGUUUCCAUUCGAAUAUCGUAUUCCGGAUAAACCACUCCCCUGCUCAUACGAAGGCAAGUUUGGGUUUGUGAGGUACUACAUGAAGGCUACCAUACACAAACCUUGGAAAUUUGACCAUACGACUAAAAGGGCCUUUUCCAUCUUAGGGGAGCCGUAUGACAUCAACUUAGACGAAGACGCAUUGCGCACGGGGCCCAUCACUGUCGAAGUGCAGACGGACAGGACCUCGUAUUGCGCGGGAGAAAACAUUUUAAUAUCUGCCGAGAUCAACAACAUGAGCAACCGGAAAAUGGAAAUGACGACAGCGACGCUGAGACAGAGUGUAACGUUCCGUGCGAAGUUGAAAUCAAGAACGCCAACCGAAGAAAUAAUCAUGAUACGAGGAGAGGCCAUUCCGCCGCGGAGUUCAGAUAAAUGGGACAAUGAAAUACUUGAGAUCCCAGCUCUACCGCCCUCACAGCUCAGACACUGUAGGAUUAUUGACAUUUCCUAUGACGUAGAGUUUACAGUUUUCAUAUCGGGCAUGCAUUACAAGAAUAUAACCAUGCACCUACCGAUAAAGAUAGGCAACGUGCAGCUCAGGACAGCAUUACAGCAACAACCCGUGUGUGCAGUGGCCACACCUAUCGACAUUAAAGAACCAGAGGGAGAACAAAUUGCAGACACCCGACGCGUUGACGAAGUGCAGCCGAUAUUACAGGAGCAGUCCUAUGCUGACUGCCAUAAGGGAGCCCGUAGCAUCAAAGACGAGAACGACAGCGAUUACGUCAUGGGCAACUUGAACUUCACUCCCGUCUACCUGGUUUACAAAUUCAUCAAAAACACGAAAGACGCGGUUGAGCGACGACGGAGUAGUGAGCUUAACCGACAUCGUGGCAGUCACGGUGAUGGUAGUGGUGCGGCUGUGGCCGCGGCCUCGGCGGACAGCAACGAGUCUGCCUCGAAUAUGAAUGUUACAUCCGGGGAAAUACAAACGAACGUGUAAAUAUUUACUAUUGAACUUUACCGAGACUUAACCACUGAACUAGCACUGGACCCUGUGGUGACUGUGCUGGUGAUAUUUAAUUAUUUAAAGGACAUGUUUAUUCAUCAGUAUAUACUUGAAUCUUCGGACUUGCCAAAUUAUCUCUAGUUCAUAAUAGUCACAUGUUUUUCAUGGAGGGCGAAAUAACGUCAGACUUGUUUGUAUUUUUUAUUUUAUUUAUUUUUUUACGAAUCACUUUCUAUGCGUUCAACCGUGGAUCAAAUUAAAUGGCGUUCUGAUCAUGCAAAACAGUUCCGAAUCGGUGCAAUCUAGCUUCAAACUUAAUUAACGAGUUUUGUACAGUUGUGUAGUUCUACUCUUGGUGCAUAUAUAACAGGACUGCGCAUGUAUACUAUGAUAUGUACAAUAAUACUAUGGAGGUAGUUUUCUACCUCCAUGAAUAAUACAUACGCGUAAGCUCCUUUAUGUUGUGUUUUUGUAUAAUAUUACGUAAUAUUAGUACC